AGGGAGGCUCUUUGGUCCAAGGUGUCAAGGCGACAAUCUCAUCGUCUGCUUCUGGACCAAGAGAAAUGAAUACAGAAGUGCAUUUGAGAAUAUUCUUUUCUCCUCUCUCUGUCUCUCUCUGUUUAUCAAUAAUCUGAAUUAAUUAUGGGCCAAAUCAAGCUCCCUCCGACCCCCCCUCCUACUUCUCUCCUCUCCUCUUCUUCCACUUCCGCCCCUUUAGAAGAGGACCUCCCCCCGGCUUACGAUCAAGUCGCUGAGAACAACACCUCCUCUUGUAAUGACCCUCUUGCAGUGCCCGAAGAUGCCUACUAUGUUCCUGGUCUCCAGCGUUAUCACAGUGUCAGCCAAAAGAAACGUCAUUCUGGUGUUGUGACUCUCGAUCCCGACCUCUCCUCCGACGCCAUCGCUCUGGAAGGCUUCAUCCACAACCAGACCAACCUGCCUCCACGACCCUGCCUGAUCAUCAACGGCUACCACCAGGAGACUCGGAAAGACGGCAAAAAUAACUCCACCGAGAAUGUGACCGACUUUGACUUUCGUAUUGAUUUGACUCGCACAUUACUACGGUGGGGCCGCAAUGAACCAACGGGGCCGUCGGAGCGCUGGUCCUACACCACAGUGGUAAGGGAUGAAGAUGGACAAAGGGCAUACCGCGGGGGUAGGAUACGGUCGCGCGGAGGAAAAUCCGGACGGAUUGCUCUUUCUACCAGCGAAGAUGGGGAGGGGGAUCGGUUGAUGGAUCUGGAGAAUGGCGAAGAUGUUCCUGGGAUCAAGGGCUGGUGCCAGCGAUUUUGCAAGGAUCCAUCUCCGGUUAAAUCGUUCACCUACCGUCGCCACCUCCAUGGCUUCGAUGCCUCUCCCAUGCGCACCUCGCUCGCAUCUCACAUCCGGUCCACAGGCUACCAGGGCCAUAUCAAUAUCAACCCCUCUCUGGCGAACGGGGCAGUCACUAUCUAUUCCCCGCAUUGGAUAAACAAAGCGCGCAACAAUGGCCUUGUCUUCUGGACUUGUAUAAUCCUCCAACUCUGGAUCAUCACCUGGCCGAUCAUCUGGGUUAUGGAACGCCGAUACGAAGUCAUUCGCUCGCAGUGGUUCUCUUCCAAAGUGAUUUGCGAUCCCCGGAGCCCUGGCGGCCAGCGGAAGGUGUAUGCAGGCGGAUACGACGAAGCAACCGCGGCAGACAUUUGGGCCCCCGUGGUUCGAGAAGCGGCCUGGAGGGGCCGGACCGGGGGAGACAUUCUGGGCGAAGCGGAAAUCGAAGAGCUGCGCCGCGUCGGAACCGAACGACGCGAGAUGCUGGGCGAUGCAGCUGAUCUGGUCAGACGUGGCCAGGCCGUGCUAGAUAUCAUGGGAGUCCGCAGUAUCGGCGGGGUAAACGUGUCUGGAGGAUGGGGGAGAGAUAACUCCAGCUCGGACCUCUCUCAAUUCAGUAGUCGGACGAACUGACGCCGUUCAUCUCUCUGUUUUGUUUAUUUCUUUAUACCCUUUUGUCCGAUUGCUAGCCUACGCUUCGAAUCUCAUGUUCUAUUCAAAACACACUGCAAUACGCGCAGUUUUUCUCUAUGAGUGGCUUAUUUUUAUAUUGCUUUCUCGGG